UGCUCGGCAAACGCUUAACAACACCGAGUCUCUGAAUUUAUCAUCAAUCAAUCGGCAUAUCUAAUCAAGAACCUGAAAAUUAUAUGCAAGUUCAGCUAAGAGAAGCAAGCAAGACAAACAAAGAGGAGGCUCCACUGAAGUUGACAGUCUUACAUUAUCUGCUUGAGGAAGGAAAUUUCCCAAGCGAGAAGAUCCAACAUCACCAAUUUGUAAAAACCAAACAAGAAUCUCUCUCUGAGAUCCCAAAAGAUUACUCUAGUACCUGCCAAGUGACAUUCAAACAACAGGAAACACAAAGGUUCCCAGUCUUGCAUACCCCAACAACUAUUUUCAAGUUCACAUGUUUCGCAAAUUACCCUACUGUGGUUGUUCAUAUUUAAUUCAGUGCGUUUAACAAUUGCAUAGUACAUCUUGAUGUGAUCAAGGUGAAUCUGAUUGAGGCUUGCACUAGAAAUCAUCCACCGCAAUUACGGACUAACCUCAAGGUCAAAAGAACGACCAGUCCAUCCCAAAAUGUGAUCAUGCUGAGAAAUCACCCAGUCAAUAAAAACGGAUUCAGAAACUUCUGCAAUCUGCACAUGGGGAAAGGGAGACAGUGAAUCUUAAUGUGUUAUUGCUAACAAUGAAAUCAGACAUCCCAUAAACAUCCAAAGACAAAUUUCAAACACAAAUUUGACCUAGUACAACUUCUACUUCUGCAAUUUCAAGUAAGGCCCAUUAUUCAUACCUAUCAAAGUUUAUGCCAUCAGUCUCGUUCGUCCGCUCUGGCUGCUGCGGUUGGUAUUCGCACUUUCCGUUGGCCAUCAACGGCAGCGUACCUACCCACCGCUAUCGGCGAUCCGCACUUUGGCCCACCUCUCGAGUCUGCACUCUUCACUUCUCCGAUCCUUCCUCAUCCGCCUCUCGAGCACAAGAUUCAAUCCAUCAUGCCUCGAACAGAUCACUCUCUUAAUCCAUAGAGGGAUUAAAUAUCGAUGGGAAGCGCAAAAUCCAAUUGCUUCAAUCGAUAGCCAGGAUGAGAGGAGAGGGUUCGUCAGCCACUACAGACAGCAAUUGGAAAGGGGGUUUGAGCGUUGACAUGAGUGGGAAAAUGAAUAAAUCACCAAACUAAAAUUGUAAGUAAAUAUAACUUAAUGGAUUGGAGACAUGAUUAGAAUAAAAUUUGGUACUAUAAUUCGUAAAUAUGUUGAAAAGUUUGUUUAGGGGUUAAAGGGUACUCAUAAAAAAGUAAUAGGACCAACUAAUCAUUUAAAAAUUGUAAAAAUUAAAUAAUUUAAUUCCAAUUAAUAAACACCGUUAGAUUAUAUCUACGGUGUAGAAAUCCUGUCGCAUAGUAUGUGUCUGACGCAUACGAGUGUGACCCAUAUAUAUAUGGCAAAGGCUAGCGUACGUCCGGGCGUACACUAGCCUACCGUACGCCCCAUUGAGUUUUGCUAUUUAGACAAAGAAUUAAUCGGAUUUUGGGACAUGAUACUAUACCCUAACCCCUAAUGGGUGAAUCCCAGUCCCCAAUUCACUAACCCAAAGCAUGAGAUUAGUUUAAUCUUAAAAAUGAAAAUCAACGAUUCUGAUUCGUCGAAAUUUUCAUUGGUUUUCAUUUUAAGAUUAAACGAACCUCAUGGUUUGGGUUAGAAAUUUAGGGACUAGGGUUCACCCAUUAGAGGUUAGGGUAUAGUAUCAUGCCCCAAACUCCGAUUAAUUCAUUAUCUAUAUAGCAAAACUCAAUGGGGCGUACGCUAGGUAGCGUACGCUAGCCUGAACUAUAUAUAUAUAUAUAUAUAUAUAUAUAUAUAUAUGUGUGUGUGUGUGUGUGUGUGCCUGUCGACAAACGUUUGAUAUCCAUCGGUCCAACGCUGGAGAAAAAUAUCAAAUAUAGUUUCUAGAACUGAACACUUGUUUUUUCAGGCCAUUAACACCAAAUGAAGGGGAGAAAAACAAGCGGUCACUCCAUUCAUACAAAAGAAAAAUCAUAAUCAUGAAAUAGAUGGGAGAAAAACAAAUGUUCACUCCAUUAUCACAAAUAAAACUUCAUAAAUUUCAAAACUUUCAUCUUCUUGUUCAUUCUUGUCACCAUUAACAUUCUUCCAUUGUCUUUCACCUUGCCCAUGUUGAAUCAUACAUAUCAACAAAAAUUAUACUUAACGUUAGAUUAAUACCUAGCUAGUUUAAGCAUAUUCAAGACUAGUGCUAAAAGUAUGAAACAAGAUUCACGGAACAUGUUCUAACUGUUUAAACAGCGGUAUUUUGGAAGCACUGGGUGCGCUAUGCAUGUGAAAACCUUUUAGCGACCGCAUUGGAGCGGGUUUAGGUGAUCUCACAUUUCGUGCAUUAGGUGGCUUGUUUGGCAUGGUAGUGAUCGCGAGAUCAUUGAGUGUCAUUUUGAUCGUGUUAGGAACGAUUGAAUUGACGAGGGGUUGGGUAUGUCAUUCAUUCGAAAAGCGCGAUUUUGCAAAAUGUUGCAUAUGUGUCUUUAGUACUUGCAUGAUAUAGCUGAAGGGAUGGAAUUGGCCAAAAAAUUGAAAGUGUAUUUUCCUGGCAAAAGCGGUUGCUUGGUAGCGGACGGGAUAUGCUUCAGACUGCGUCUAGGUAUUUCUUUCUCAAGUGCAAGUCGUUACAUGUUCUUGGAGACUGAGACGCCUUCCAUGGUUACUAGGCGAAAGGUGUUGGGACCUGUUUUGUCCUUGGUGAGGGAUGGGCCUCCCAGGUUGCGUCAAGCUUGUAGCGUUUUCACCUUUCGUUGUAGGAGGUGGUUGCUUUCUCUUUUCCGCUUGCGAUUCGUUCCAUGGUCGCGUUACGUCGCGAUUCUACCAUGUCUUGUUGCCCCAGUAGCUUCUUGUUGUUGUCCUCCGACUUGUAUGCUUGAACACCGAGGGAGGGUACGUAAGUUUACUUCCUCUGGGGUGACCGUUUUGGUGUCGUAUGUUAGAGCGAAGGGAGUCUCUCCCGUGGCCAUCUUGUGGAUCGUGUGAUGCAACCAUAGGGCGUGGGAGAGCUCAGUCAUCCCUGCCCCUUUGUUGUCCGAGGACGUUUGCUCUGUCCAUUGUUGGUUUAUGGGUAUGCCACUGAUGCCUUUGUGCCCAUGGUGCGGUUUUGCGCACAAGGACCAUUCUGUUAUCCUUUCAAGCCUCUCGAAAGGUGUUUUUCCUCCAUCCUAUCGGGAGGUGUGUGAGCCUGUCGGAAGGAAAUUUUAUGAUAAUGACUCACUUGGGAGAAGUGAGAUUGGGCUUUCACCUUCGUGGAAGAAGCAUUCCCGUGAGGGGAGCAUCACCCGGAGGCGGAAUAUUCUCGUGGUGGGAGUAUUGCCGCGAGGCCGGAUCAUCCUCGUAGUCUUUUGGCUUAUAAGAUACGUGUUAGUCUUAGCCGUCUUGGGAAGCUCAUUAGUCCUUCGACUUUCUGGGAAGCGCUUAAGUGUUUUGGUCAUUACUCAGAGGUGCAUUGCUCAGAGACGGGAAGCGUUCCCGAGAGGGAGUAUAGCUCGGAGGCAUUUUUUGAGCCUUGCCAAGAGACGAAAGGCGUGAAUCAUUCCCGGAGGGAGCAUCGCUCGUAGGCGGAAAUCACUCCCCGAAGGGCAGCAUCGCUCGGGGGCGGUUUUUAGGCCUUGCCCGGAGGCGGAAGGCGUGAAUCAUUCGCGGAGGGAGCAUCGCUCGUAGGUGGAAGCCAUUCCCCUAAGGGAGCAUUGCUCUGAGGCGGUUUUCAAUCCUUGCCUAGAGGCGGAAGGUGUGAAUCAUUCCCGGAGAGAGCAUCGCUCGCAGGCGGAAAUCCCCCUCUGAAUGGAGCAUCACUCUGGGGCGGUUUUUGGGCCUUGCCCGAAGGCGGAAGGCAUGAAUCGUGCUCAUAGCAUCGCUCGUAGGUGGAAAUCAUUCCACGAAGGGAGUAUCGCUCGGAGGCGGUUUUCUAGCCUUGACAGGAGACAGAAGGUGUGAAUCAUUCCCGGAGGGAACAUUGAUCGUAGGCGGGAAUCAUUCCUCGAAGGGAGCAUCGCUCGGAGGCAGUUUUCGAGCAUUGCCAGGAGGCGGAAGGCGAGAAUCAUUCCUGGAGAGAUUAUAGCUCGUAGGAGGAAAUCAUUCCCCGAAGGGAGCAUCGCUCGGAGGCGAUUUUUGAGCCUUUUCAGUCUGUCGAGAGGCGUUUCUUCCUUUCAGCCUAUAGGGAGGCGUGUCUUCUUUUAGCUUAUCGGGAGGCGUUUCUUCUUUUCAGCCUACGGGCAGACGCUUCUUCUUGGUCUGUCGAGAGGCAUUCCGUCUUUCAGUAUGUAUGGAGGUCGUUUCAGGAGGCGUUUGUUUUUAUGGUCUUACGGGAAGCGCUUUGGAGAGUCUGAACAAAUUGAGAGCUUAGCCUGGAGUUCGGACGCGUGAACCGAGCCUGGCACGAAGUCAUGAGUCUUUGAUAUAGCCUGGAAGGCAUGAAAUUUGAUUUGUAUGUGGUUCUAUAUUCGAAUAUUUUUGGAGGCGAUUCUCCAAUUUAUUAUUUUGUAAUGGAAGAAUCAUUUAACUACUGGGUAGUUUGGUCUUCGUGGGCCAUUGGGAAUGGGCCGUUUUAAAGGAUGGGUAACCCUAGCUUGGCGGACGGGCCAUUAUUGAAGGGCGGGCUUGGAUGCGAGUUGGGUCGCGCGAGCGUUGUCUUAUGGGUGCUUGGGCUCCAUAAGGCGAGCGGUUGGCCCGAACAAUAUUCGGUGGUCUGGACGAAUCAGAAAUGGCCAUGAAAGACGUGGGCGAUGAUAGAGACGAGAAUGGUACGCAGGAUCAGGAUUCUCUUGUGUCGAUGCAUCGCCUAUGUAAAGCGAAGGUCGGGCGUUGUCUCCGUGCCAAUGCAGGAUCGGGCUUUCGUUUCAAGUGGAGACGUUUGAUAAGCCGUUAAUUGCACAUGUUUUUACCCCUAUUAUGGAGCCGUUUGAGAUGGUAAUUCUCGUGUUUUAGGCCGAUUUCAUGCUAGGUUGUGUUUGUUUGUGAUAUUUCAGGUCCUAGCAAGUGAAUGAAGGAUUAGGAGCGAGUUCGGGGUCGAUUGGACGAAGAUCGGGCGCGAGGCAAGUCAAAAAGGAAGCCACACGGGCACACACAGAAGCCACACGGCCGUGCAAGUGACCAAUUUGGCCGUGUGGGAUUGUGCGAGCCUUCACACAGCCAGCCUUGAUAUUCACACGGCCGUGUGAAGUUGCACUUUGGCCGUGUGGAAUUCUGCGAGGCUUCACACCGCCAGGCUGGGUGAGCUACACGGCCGUGUGACCCUGGCCGUGUAAGAAGCCUAAAAUCCAAUUAUUCGGAACGCGGCGUUUUGACCUCACACGGGAAACUGGGUAUGCCACACGGCCGUGUGACCCUGCCCGUGUGAGUUGGGAAUUUCUGGUUUUUACCCAAUUUCGGGCUGCAAGUGAGAGAAUCGGAGUUUUGAGAGCAAAAACAGAGCCCUAGAGAGAGAAAGUACAAAGAACACAUCCUAGAAGCUAUCUUGGAGCUGGGUUUCAUCAAAUCAAGCUUGGAGAUUGUC